AUGAGAAACUCGUGGUCUAACCACAAUCUAUAUCAAAGGCUGUGCAGAAAGAAAACGAUCUCUAAUGAAGUCGAACCAGGAAAAGAAAAGUUAAAACGAGUGUUGAAUCUCUUUGAUUUGACCGCUCUGGGAAUUGGUGCCACGUUAGGAUGUGGCGUAUAUGUGUUGGCUGGAACGGUAGCUAAAUCCAUCGCUGGACCAGCGGUAGUAUUAUCUUUCAUUUUAGCGGCGAUCGUCUCAUCAUUUUCAGGAGUUUGUUACGCUGAAUUCGCUGGUCGUGUACCCAGAGCUGGAUCUGCAUAUAUUUACAGUUAUGUGACUGUUGGAGAAUUUAUUGCGUUUUUUAUCGGUUGGACUUUGUACAUCGAACACACUAUUGGUUCAGCUUCUGUCGCCAAAGCAAUGACUAAUUAUUUAGAUGCUUUGUUUGGAAAUCCUCAAAAACAAUAUUUAAAAAAAUAUUUUCCAAUACAUAUAGAUUUUUUGGCCGAAUAUCCAGAUUUCGCAUCAUUUUUUUUCGUCAUAUUUAUUGCGUUGAUUGUGGCUUGGGGCGUCAAGAAAUCUUCCACUCUUAAUAAAGUUUUUACUACGUUGAAUUUGUUGACUUUGGCUACGGUAGUUGUUAGUGGCUGUUUUGUAGGUAAACUAUCCAAUUGGAAUAUUCCAAAAAAUGAAAUUCCACCCGGAGUGGAUGGUGGCAACGGAGGAUUUUCACCAUUUGGUUGGAACGGAAUAAUCGCAGGCGCCGCUAGAUGCUUUUACGGGUUUAUUGGAUUCGAUUCUAUUGCAACUACAGGAGAAGAGACCAAAAAUCCAAAAAGAACCAUUCCUUUAGCGAUCGUAUUAUCGUUGUUCUUCGUUACGUUGGCAUACUGUAGCGUAGCAUCUGUGUUAACUCUGAUGUGGCCCUAUUAUGAUCAAAACCCAGACGCACCUCUACCAGUCAUUUAUGCGAACAUGGGAAUGCCAAUCAUCAAAUAUUUAGUUACUUGUGGUGCAGUAUUCGCUCUAAUGACGACAUUAUUGGGAUGUUUAUUUCCUAUACCACGAAUAUUAUAUGCCAUGUCCAGCGACGGUCUUAUGUUUAAGUGUUUGUCGUCGGUCAACGAAAAAACCAAAACUCCCGUAUUAGCGACAAUGGUUUGCGGAGUCGGCACUGGCUUGUUGUCGUCUAUGUUCAAUCUCGAACAACUCGUCGAGAUGACGUCUAUUGGCACGCUCAUGUCGUAUCUGAUGGUUUGCAUCUGCAUAUUGAUACUCAGGUAUAAAAACAAUAAUAUAGUCAGUCAGGACUUGGACAACUCUGAAGUUCAUAUAUUUUACAAGUGGUGGAAUGCAUCUAACUCAAAACUGGUUAGCACGGAUUCUCAAUACGUAUCAAGAGUACUGAUACUUGUUUACACGUUUGCCGCGUUUGUGUUUAGCAUUUGUAUGACAAACGUUGACGGUCGCGAAGGCCCUUUGCAGUUAUUGCUGAUUAUCAUGACUGGGAUUUCGUUCGUAUUCUUAUUGAUUUCCCUGUUCAUGUUAUGUAGAUUACCACAAGCCAUCGAAAAUCUAACAUUCAGAGUACCAUUCGUUCCUUUAAUACCAUGUUUGAGUAUAAUCUUUAAUUUAUACCUAAUGAUGGAACUUAAUAUCAAGACAUGGAUGAGAUUUGGGAUAGGUAUUUUAGUAGGAUUAUUGAUAUAUGCAUUUUAUGGAAUCCACAAUAGUUUGGAAGGUGACACACAACGAGCAAUUAAUGAUAAAGAACGUAAACAAGAAACAAAAAUAUCUAACUGAUUCUUUGAAUAAUUAAAAUUACAUGUAAUAAAAUAUUUGCAUCUAUAAUA